CACGUCUGAAGAGGCGCUGUUCCACGGCUACUCGUAAGCCAACCACAGUGUCUGUAGUCACAGGCGUGCAAACGGAAGAAAAAUGGCGGCGAGGAACGGGAGCACUGGUUUGCUAGACAAAUGGAGAAUUGAUGAAAAGCCUGUCAAGAUAGAUAAAUGGGAUGGAGCUGCUGUGAAGAAUUCACUUGAUGAUGCUGCUAAAAAGGUACUUUUGGACAAAUAUGGUUACAUAGAGAACUUCAACCUUAUAGACGGACGGCUCGCCAUUUGCACAGUGUCCUGUCUCUUUGCUAUCGUAGCACUAGUGUGUGACUACCUUCACCCUUUCCCUGAGUCAAAACCUGUCCUGGCAUUCUGCGUGGUAUCAUAUUUCAUAAUGAUGGGUAUCCUUACCUUGUACACAUCUUACAAGGAAAAAAAUACUUUUCUAGUUGCAAUUCAAAAAGAUCCAGUAGGCAUGGACCCUGGCCACGUCUGGCAGAUUUCUUCAAGUCUAAAAAGGUUUGAUGAUAACUACACACUCAGAAUUACUUUUACCGAUGGGAAAACAAGUCGGAAAAGGGACAUGGAGUUCACAGAGUCUAUUGCCAAGUUCUUCGAUGAGAACGGGGCAUUAGUGAAGGACCAGUUUGAAAAGAGAAUAUCGAAACUUCACGACACUCUGGCAGUGGACAAGAAAUCCAAGUAAACAACACACAGAAUAACUCGGCCCUUUGCGUUACUAUUUGUGAGCAUAGGCUGAAUCCUUGUCUGCUGUUCAAGUCUAAGUUGUGUUAUCUUCCAGGACUUCUGUAACAGUGGAACAUAAGUGGUACGCUUUUGCAUCGAGGGGGCGGGUGAGUCAGGCAGGGGAUUUCAAAUGUCUGCUGUACAUGUGCUGCUUCCUUCUUUGUUGGGUGUCUUACUAGUCAGUUUCAUUGGGAGAUGCGUCGUGGAGUAAUUUGGAGUGAAGUACUAUUGACUGUCUGCAGUAUGUACUAAAUGACAUUGUGUGCAUGCAGAAGAAUACUGUAGACCAGUGUUUCCCGGUCCACGUUUUUGCUCUCCCCCUGCUUCCAACACAUACAUAUUAUUCAGGGUUCUUGAUUGGCUGGGAGCUAGGAGGGAGCAAAAAUGUGGACUGCUGGGGGGUCCCGGAGGAAUGCGUCAGGGAACACUUAUGCUGCCUCAACCAACUUCCCUAGAAUGAUCAUUUCUGUGGCAGGUUUGUAAGAAUAUAGCAGUAUUCAGGCUACGAUAAAUUCCCAAUCUUAAUAAGAUAACCAUUUUGGAGUCCCCUCUUUUCCACUUUUCUUGAUAGGCUAUGUUUUUGUUGCCAUUUAUAAUAGGAAAUUUGGCCUAUAAACAUUUCAGUUUUCUUUUAUUGGGAUUUUUCUUUGCACAAGUUUCAGUUAAAUUAUUUUAGCUUUGGAGAGUUACAUUGUUUUUAUUUUUAAACUGCUACUUUUAGUCCAGUGUUGCGCAUAGAAGCACAGUUUACCAUUUUUAUUUAUACAUGUCAAAAGGUUUGAUGGACCAAAAAUGAAGGAUUGCAACCAAUUUGAAAUUGGUUUAAGUCUGGUGACGUCAUAGUUUACUACAUCUAUUACGUAGCUCAUAAUUUGCCUUAAUAUGACAGAUUUGUAGCUACAUUCCUUUUUCACCAUAGAUUGUGUUGUACUGAACUUAGCGUGUGUGUCUCGUUUACUGCAAUGGUACACUGUUUUGCUGUUAUUUUGAUUAGAGCUCAUGGCAUUUGAUUAAAAAAGGACAAAUCAAAAUCCAUAUGAAAAGGAAUGUGGCCAAACAGAUGUAUAUUUCAAAUAAAUGUUACUUAUGCAGACUUA